GAUGGCCGACAGGAAAGUCCCACCAAUGCGCCUCGCAGUCUUUUUACUUUCAGGGCUUCACACAUUUGCACCAUGCUCAGGGGCAAAUGUCAAAAUUGGUGUUCCUGAAAACUACGAUGGCAUUUUCCCGUGGUAUCUAACUAAGCUUCACAACCUGCCAAGUAAUUAUUCUGACCUGGUGUUAACUGGAGACGAUGAGGGCAUAUUUGGAGUAGAUGCCCAGUUUCUGUAUGCAAUAAAACCACUGGACAGAGAGAAACAGCCAUCUUACUCGUUGCAGGUGUCCUUCAAACCAUCAGGCGUCAUUCAGAACAUCAGAUUGUCAGCUCAUCGACAGACGUUCACCGUGGAAGUGUUUGUCAUUGACAAGAACGACAAUGUGCCCACCUUCAUUGAAGAGAGCAUGAGAGGCAGUGUUCAGCUUGGGCUGCUCAAAGGCAUCCCAUUCAUGCGAGUGGAAGCGGUCGAUCGCGAUGACCGUAACACUGCUCAUGCUGAGCUGCGGUUCAGCAUGAUGGAGCAAACUCCCAGGAUUCCCUCUAGUCAAAUGUUCUUCAUUGACUCCAUAACUGGAGAGGUUUCCCUCACUGAGGAAGGAGCCUCUACUCUGGACCCAGAGAUGUGUGGUCGUUAUAAACUGUCAGUGAUGGUGAAAGACAUGGCUGGCAGGACUAAUGCUUUCUUCACCUCUGGCAUUGUUACUGUUGAGGUUACUGGAAACACUUGGGCAUCGCCAGACCCUGUGCGACUUCAGGAGAAUCUUCCCGGUCCUUACCCCAUUCCCAUAUCUCAGGUCAAAUGGAGUGGAAUCCAGGCAGCGUACAGUCUGGAUGGGGAGUUUCCAGAGAUGCUCUUUACCAUCAGCAGAGAAGGUGUCAUCUAUCUAAACGCACCGCUGGACAGAGAGACACAAGACCAGUUUCACAUCAGUAUUGUGGUUGAACGUCCAGAUGGGAGACAGAUUGCCAAGCCUGUGGAGUUGAGGGUGAUGGUGGGCGACGCCAACGAUAACAGGCCCACAUUUCCUCAGGCUCAGUACCACACUGUGGUCAAAGAAUUGGCUGCUCGGGGGACAGAAAUCCUGACAGUGCAGGCUGCCGAUAAUGAUGAUCCCAAAACAGACAACGUACGGAUCUUCUACCGCUUGGUCGGGCAAAUUCCAGAGAGUCCUCGUGCCCUUUUCAGAGUGGACAGGGACUCGGGUGUCAUUUCUGUCCAGGCAGACAGUAUGGAGGGUACAGCACCUCAAUACACCCUGACUAUCACUGCAGAGGAUGCUAAAGGUCUAAACAGUUCAUGCACCGUGGUUGUGACGGUGCAGGAUGAGAACAACAACCCACCAGUCUUCUCCCAGCAUGAGUAUGGACCCUUUCACAUCCCUGAGGAUGCUCUCGUGGGCACCACGGUCACAUCUGUGUUGGCAAGGGAUGCAGAUGUUCGAGGCGGAGACAGCUGGCAGGUGGACUACCGUUUAGAGUCUGGAAACGAGGAGGAGGUCUUUACACUGGUGACAGACCGACAGACCAAUGAAGUUUCACUCAUUCUCUCAAAGGUUUUAGACUUUGAACGUGAGAGUGAGUACAUCCUGGUGCUCAGUGCCCAGAACCAAGUUCCUCUGGUCCGGGGCCGAUACGGCCCUUUAUCCACAGCAACAGUCUCCAUUUAUGUUGACGAUGUGAACGAGGGUCCAGUCUUGUCUCAAAGCCAUUACGAAGUGACGGUCAGAGAGGGAGAGGAACCAGGCCGCGUCAUUGCCACCAUCCGGGGUUACGACCCUGAUUCCCACCCAAUUAGAUAUUCUCUUCAAGGAGACACCAAGAAGUAUUUCUCAAUAGGGAAAUAUUCUGGUGAGCUAAAAACUGUGCAAGCAUUGGACAGAGAGGAAAACAGCACAUACACCAUGGAGGUCAUUGCAGUGGAUGGACGAAACUCUUCCUUAUCUGCAUCCACCCUGGUGACUGUCCAAAUCCUGGAUGUGAAUGACAACAGUCCAGUGCUGGUCGGAGACUAUUCCUGGAAGUACCUGUGCACGCCUCGGUGGGAAGACCAAGCUCUGGUGUUGGCAUCACGCGACAGUGACGGUCCACAACACGGAGGGCGACUCAAUUUCUCACUCCGGAGUGAUGCCACAGUGCGACGCAACUGGAAGUUAACUCCCAUUAACGAUACUCACACCAACUUGUCAUUAAACAUACCGAACCUGCCCCCUGAAGUCUACAUGGUGCCUUUCACUAUUUCUGACAGCAGCUCUCCUCCUCGGAGCACCUUCAUAAACCUGCCAGUGACAGUGUGUCCCUGCAACGUCAGAGGAAACUGCAAGAUAGCUGCCAAGCCGCUGCAGGGCAUGCCAACUAUCCAGUCUGCAGUGGGGCUUCUGCUUGGCACCUUUGCAGUCAUAGGAAUCAUCCUCAUUGUUAUUUUCGUCAGACUGUCCUAUCAAAACCCCAAAGAGCCGAGCAAAACCAGCCAGGAGAGGGUUCCACUGAAGAUAUCCAUCUAACUAUAAUUAAUAUUGUACAUAAUUACUGUCUUCACUCCAUCUGCACCAAUGUAGAAAUGUUGCUUCAAGUCCAUUGCAAAUAUUUUAGUUCUAUUUAAUGCAUGCGGUGUGUUAACGCCAUGUUCUUGGGACAUGAUUGUAACUUAUGUUUGCCUUUUUGUCUUUUUUUUUUCUAUAGAGGUGUUGCUUAGCUUUGAGAUAUUUUAUAUAUUUAUGAAGCCGCAGUUAUGAAAAAUAUGAAGAAUAACAAGAAUAGAAAAAAGGUUUAAAAAA